GGCCUACAGAACACUCGGUCACCCCACCAGACUCGACCUAAGGACUGAUCUCUCCUUUUUUGGUGCUGCCUAUCCCGUGCAUUUCAUUCCACUGGUCCAUUUGCACAUUUGAGGUGGUAAAGAAAAGUAAUGAUUGAGAGACCGCUUGUUCUGCCCACAGUGGGCUCACAGUGGGCCCACCGAGCUUUAGUCUCCAGGCGAACGCACGCUAUCAGUAAACAGGAAAAAGGCUUCUUGGCUCUGCCCCAGAUAACUCAUCAUAAAAAAUGAGUUCUGCCUCGCGCCACAAGCAGGCACGCGUUCUUCAAAUACCAUUUGCUUCUCGCACUCUUGAACGUCCUUGCACACGAAUAUCCCGCCGAGAAUGCGAAAAAAUUAUUUUGCUUUUCGUAACAUGAACUUUCACAGUGUGGAACGAGCCAAAAAAACUCGCGGAAAUCUGCAAGGCUUUGCUGUGUGGCUGGGAACGAGGGAGACGAAGGAGCUUCAUAUUUUGGAGACAACCUGGUGGCCCUUUUCUGACCUCUGUAUCUCAGGACCGGAUUGAUUUCACAUCUAUCAGUCGUUCAGCCGGGACACAACCACACACAAGAACAAGACUUGGUGCGAUUCAAUCUCUGGUAUGCUUGGACCUUGACAUCAUUAUAUCGCAAAUCAGAGCAAGGAAUUUGGCUAAAGACGAAAUUCAAGAAAAUCCAUGCCAAGAGUGUAUAUGGAUAAGCACUGAAAUCGGUGUUGAGAGAAAACCCAUUGGGGAUCCAGCAGUUUUAUCCCAAAUCCUGUUUACGCUAUAUGGACUUGUACUAGGAUGGAUUUUGUAUUAUUUUCUCGAGUUUCUCUCGUGGUAUUAGUCUUUGUGCUUACUAUAAAUCCAGCGCACGCUUGUAUCAAGCUGCUAAACGGAUGGACUAGAAUGACCGAGGCGCAAAGAGCGCAACUUGCCAAAGUUGUCUUCAUCGGGAAGGUUGCAGACAUUUACAGUUUGGACAAUGAGACACAAACCUACGCCGCAGAUUUUGAGAUUCAUCGAGUGCUUAAAGGGAGACAAAUUAUUGACGAGGUUUUGGCGAAGCACCCCGGACGCACUGUGAAGGUGUACGGAUUUGGAGAAAAGCGAAUGUGUUUUUCUGAAGUGUACAAAGGAGAGACCCAUAUGGUGUUUAUGGUGUAUCACGCAGCUUCUGGGUCGCUGGUGGCCCGGUAUGACGACAUAUUCGGGGCCAUCUCGCGAGCUACGGAAGAGAAUGAAAACGAAGUCCUAAGCGCUCUCGGAUGGAGGGAAUGGUCGCCGUGGUCUAUGUGCACUCGGAGCUGUUCCAGUGGGACGCAAUGGAGGACAAGACAGUGCGUUCAUAAUUCAUGUGACGGCCGAUCAAGGGACGGCAGAAAAUGCAACUUCUUCAGCUGUUACGGGAUCAAGAAUGUUGGUCAGUAUUUUAGCCCCGCCCAUCCUAACAGAGUCAGCUCCGUGGUGCGGUCGGGAAUCCCUCGGCACAUCCGGCUCCGUGGAGACGCGCCACUUACCCUAAGGACGCCCCAGGUGUUUCAGUAUUAUUUCCCGGACCAUUAUUCGAUUCUGAUUACCUUUCGCGUGCAACGUCACAACUCAGACCUCUACUUACUCGCGCUCAAAGACUACGAAAGCAGUCACAUUCAGUUCGCUAUCCGACUGGCCCGGAAUACAAUCACCUUUGAACUCGCCAAGAACAUGGACUACAAUAUUAAGCAUCGAUGGUCCUACGAGUUCAACGUGGGUGUGGUUCCUCACACUUGGCACAGCGCGACGUUCAGCUUGCGAGAGAGGCAGAUAACUUUUUACUGGGACUGCGAGAAGGCUGGGUCCAAGAGUCUACCAGGAAGGUUUACGUUCGCCCCAGAUCCCCUGGGAAGCAUUUCGCUCGGUCAGCCAGUGAAGGCGAGGGCUGGUAAUAGCAGACACACAAGCAAGAAUGCGAGACACAGAGUGGUUGAGAUUCGAGAGCUUUUUUUCAUUCCGGAUACUCGGGCCGCUCGACAACACUGCCAAAAGAUGAAGUUUUCAACUCGUAAGCCUAGUCGUGGCUUUAUGGAGGGGAGCGGGUUUGAUGCAGAUCUUGAAGGAUCCGGGUCUAAUUACGUCGACGACCCUGAGCAAAUUGACAUGGAAUGGUCGUCAUGGUCACCUUGUUCACAAUCUUGUGGGCGUGGCUUACGCAGGCGUGUUAUGAUGUGCGUCAAUCUCGAUGACAGACCGCCAAGCAGUCAAUGUCUACAAGCGCUGCAAACAUCUGAGGAGAAACCAUGCAACUUGCAAGAAUGCCCUGCUCAAUGCGGGCUUCCCUGUCUGAAUGGUGGAUCUUGUGUCAGUCGCAACACGUGCGCUUGUAAGAAAGGUUACACCGGUGAAAGAUGCGAAAAAGUAACAUGCCGAACGAGGUGCUAUAAUGGCGGUAGCUGUAUAGGCCCAGAGACAUGCAAGUGCAGCGACGGAUUUACAGGACCUCAAUGCAAAUCACCUGUGUGCAAGACAAACUGUUUGAAUGGCGGGGUUUGCAUUGGCCCUGGAAGAUGCCAUUGUCCGCCAGGAUAUUUACAGCCCAACUGCAGAGCACAGUGCACACCGACAUGUAGUAAUGGAGGAAGGUGUGUGGGGCCAAAUACCUGUUUAUGUCCGCCAGGCUAUCAUGGCAAUCACUGCCAAAAAGCAGUUUGUCGGCGGCCAUGUUUGAAUGGUGGACACUGCUACGCUCCAGAUACGUGCUCGUGUCCCUAUGGAUGGCAUGGAGCAACAUGUGACCGAGCUCGGUGUUACCCCAAAUGCCGCCAUGGAGGUAAAUGCGUCAAACCGAACAUGUGCAUGUGCCCACGAGGAUUAUACGGCUACUACUGUCAGAAUGGUUCGAGAUACUAGAUUUGAGUCAUGGAUAUCAAGUUUACCAAAGUACCAGUAUCACUGAACGUCUGCUUUGUGUUUACAUAUCAACCAAUGACGCUACAGCAUUCGCGAGCGCGUGACCAUGACACAAGACAUCACGUGAUGACCAGGGGUACAUCCUGGUUAUACGCAGGGUUCCCUAUCGGACAGACAAAUGAUAAAUUGUCUUUUAAUCCAAUAAUAAUUAUUUAUUAGAGUUUAACGAGAGACGUGCGUUGAGAUAGAAAAAGUUUAUGCAGUGCCGGUUGAGGCAUCAGAGUUAUAGAGUACUUAGACAAAAAGCUAGUCUGCUGUGCAGUCGUUCUGACCCCUGUUAUGCAGUGCGCUGAGCUCAAGCCCCUUCCUUGACAGAGGUUAGAAGAACUGCGUAGGCAAAACUAUCUAUUUCAGAUAGAUCACUUAUUUUUUGUCGUCUCCGACCAUUUGGAAAAGCAUGCUUUCGCUUUUCCGUGGUUCGCAACUCUUCUUGCUCAUCAAAGGCAAGUUUUAGGCGCGUUCCCAGGAUUUGCUGAGGGGGGACGGGGCAUUCAUAGGUAUGAUAUGGGCAAAUGGAAUAAGGGUAGUAUUCGAAGAUCCCUCAAUAUGAAAUGACCCACUUUUUGGCCGCCAAGGGGAGGUGCGCGCGCACCAACCAGAGUACGAGCCUCUGGUGUAAAUAUACUGUGAUUUUUUUCAUUACGAGCUUUCUUCCACCUUCUAAUGUAUAUGAGAUGGAUAUAAAACAAUAUUAAAUUACAAGGAUUUAAAUUGAGACACCUGUGUUGACAGUGUCAGCUUUGAGUAAAAUGUUUUUAUCAUAGCCGGCCGGCAAGAUGCUUGCCAGAGGAGUAUGCCUCGGGCAUGGUAAGAGCAUGAUAUCCCCAUAUUGGGCUAGAUGUGAAAGGGACAAUGAUGAAAAUUGUAGUCCCUUGCAAGUAAUACUUGAAAAAAAUAUGUAAAAUAAGAAUACAGAAUAAAUAAUAUUAACCAA